AUGGACAACCAUCCUAGAGACGUGUACACCGCAUUUCCGGAGCUCGAUUAUGCCGAACGGUGUAUUCCCAGAUUCACCCAGGUCGAUUGGAAUUGUGGAACUCCAAGCCUGAGUUUGGACGUGCUAGUUCAUUCGUGGGCUGGGGUUCUGAGAGCCCUUACGGGCGAGGAGGUCCUUGUUUUCAAUCUCGAUGGAGAGCCAAUAAAGGUUGGCCCGGAACAGAGGUCCCUUCAGAAAGCAACAACAUGCAGCCCCGGCAAGACAGGGUACACGGGAAUAUCAACCGUUGGCUCUACUGAGCUCCCACAUGAUUGCAUCCUCCAGGUAAGAUGCUCCUUAGAAGAAAGCAGCGGUACUAUUGUAUCGUCAGGCUCUAUUCCCGCAGAGUACCUUUUGCAGAUCGGAGGCCACCUGGAAACCAAUAUCCGCAAGGCCUGCAAGCUUCCCUGCGACAACACCGUUUUACAGCGAUCUGUCGUUAAUGCAGAGCCACGAUCGAUUCCAGGCCCGCUGCUUUUGCAUGACAUGGUCAAGGAGACAAGCCCAUGUCCAGAUUUGGCACUAGAGUUUCUUGACAAGGAAUGGCAAACCCAUACUCUUACUUAUGAGCAACUUCAUGCCUACUCGUUACGCUUAUCCUUGCGCAUCUCAGAGGCUGUAGGCACCAGGUCGAGCUCAAAUCCUGUCGUUCCCGUCCUGAUUCCCCAGUCCCUAGAUCUGUAUGUUUCCUGGCUGGGCAUUCUGAAAGCUGGGGCCACCGUUUGCCCUUUAAAUAUAGACGCCCCUUCAGAACGCAUUGCGUUUAUUGUCAAGGAUGUUUCUGCAGAUGUUGUCAUCACUGUGAAAAGCUUGAUGGGAAGAUUCUCUCAAGUCGAUAAGACUCUGACCAUCAUUGCCGUUGACGACAAUUCGAACGACACCGUACUUCAAGCGACGCAAACAGAUGCGCAAAUAUGUCCUGAAAGCCUCGCAUACAUUAUGUAUACGUCAGGCUCUACCGGACUACCGAAAGGAGUUGGCCUUUCUCAUCGUGCUGUGACACAAUCGCUUCUUGCACAUGAUGAUGAAAUACCACAUUUCAGAAGGUUUCUUCAGUUUGCCGCGCCGACCUUUGAUGUUUCGGUAUUUGAGAUCUUUUUCCCCCUGUUUAGAGGCGCUACUUUGGUUGCUUGCGAGCGUAGCCUGAUGCUAAAUGAUUUGGUUGGAGUCAUGAACCACCUCAAAGUUGACGGUGCUGAGCUUACGCCCACCGUUGCUGGAGAAUUACUGCGUCGUAAGAGCAACGUGCCUUCUCUAAGGGUCUUGCUUACGAUUGGCGAAAUGUUAACGAGGCGGGUUAUCGAUGAAUUCGGCUUUACUGGCAUAGAUGAUGGCAUCCUCUUUGCCAUGUAUGGCCCCACGGAAACGGCAAUUCAUUGCACGGUCGCUCCAAAACUCCCCUCUGACUCUCGCGCAGGAAACAUUGGAGUUCCUUUCAGAUCUGUUUCUGCCUUUAUCAUUCCAAUACAGGAGUCGGUCGAUGGAGAACCGGAUAUUCUUCCUAUUGGCUGCAUUGGGGAGCUUGUCAUUGGGGGGCCUCAGCUUGCAAACGGUUAUCUCAACCGCCCAGAAGAAAACCACAAAGCCUUCAUUGAAAGUCAAGUUUAUGGCCGCCUCUAUCGAACUGGCGAUAGGGCUCGCCUGCACCCUAGCGGGGAGUUUGAAUGUCUUGGAAGAAUAUCCUCUGGCCAGGUAAAGCUUAGGGGGCAACGCAUGGAACUAGGCGAAGUUGAAAGCACCAUUUUUAAAGCGCCUGGCGUCAGAAACACCGUCGCAUGUGUCAUUAACGGGAUCCUUGUUGCUUUCGUGUCACAAGAUGUUAACUUGGGCCCAGAAACUGUACGACGAGUUUGCGAAACCUGGCUCCCGAGAUUCAUGGUUCCUAGCGAUAUUAUCCAUAUGGACGAAUUGCCGCGGCUUCCAUCUGGUAAAGUUGACAGGCAGGCUCUGGAAAACAUCUAUGUUAACUCAAGGGAACUCGGAAGGCCUGAUAUCUCGUCUCGUAACUCUGAAACUGAAAGAAAAAUUUCUGCUUGUGUUGGGAGCAUUUUAAACACACCGAUUGACUCUUCUGGAAGCUUGGUCGCCCUGGGGUUUGACUCCCUUAAAGCUAUACGGCUAGCCUCCGAAUUGCGGACCCUGGGCAUAAAUAUUGACGUUAACAGCAUUCUCAGGGUUGAUUCGGUUCAAGAAAUAGCGAAGGCUGUGGAGGGAAAUCUCGCUCAAGAAAAUGUUGCCGCUCCAUCUGCCCCUAUUUUCACUUCAUGGGGUUCUGUGGUUGACGCUACGUCUGCGGCCCUUCUUUCAAUGGGGAUCUCCUCAAAGCCUCAAUAUGUGGUUCCUUGCAGCCCAGUGCAAGUCUCUAUGAUCGCCGAGUCUAUGAAAAAUAAAGAGGCGUAUUCAAAUUGGAUUGAAAUAGAAUUCAACCAAAACAUACAGUUAAGCGAAAUACGCGAGGCCUUUUGCUUCCUUGCGGAACAAAAUGAGAUUCUUCGAUCGGGAUUUGUCCAAGUUAACAUACCUGGACAUACCUAUACACAAGUUAUUUGGAAAAGUCUUAAUGAGUCUGUUUUUGCUGAAUACGACACAUUUUGCUAUGGAGUCGCAUUUGAAAGUCCUCUUCAAAUGUUAAGCCCUCUACAGGUCCAACUCAAAGUUUGUCCCAGCUCAGUAAGGGCUCUCGUCUGCAUCCACCAUGCUCUUUACGAUGGGUGGUCGUGGGAACACAUCAUGCAUGAUCUCGAGACUUCACUGGAGAAGAAACCACCUAAACAGCGUCCACAAUACCGGGAGUUUGUCAACUUUGUUUACAGGUUCCUUGAAUCGCAGGACAGGUUAGAUGCUGCUGAUUACUGGCGUGAUCUUCUUCGAGGAGUUGCGCCUUUAGCAUGGCCAAAUUUCCAAAACCACAACGACAUUCCUCGCAAAUUGUCUACAAUCAGUCGUACACUCAACAUUGCUAUCAACGAUCUCGACACUGUGGUUCGAGAGCUUCGUGUCAGUCGCCAGACAGUCUUCCAGGGGGCGUUGGGAUAUUUGCUCGGAGAAUAUCAUGGUACGUCAGAUAUUAUUUUCGGCUCUGUAUCCUCGGGUCGCACGAUUCCUGUGCAAGGCAUCGAAGAUAUGGUUGGACCCUGCAUUAGUACACUCCCAGUCCGGAUUAACAUGGAGGAUCUGCGGAACGUGCAGGACUUGCUUGCCACUAUUCACAAUAUCAACAGAAAAGCUCUUAUUCACGGGUUGCUACCUCUCCGUGAUAUCAAAGCAGUAUCGGGUGUUGACCCAAGCACGCCGCUUUUUGACACACUGAUCGUGUGGCAGGAUACGAUCAAUGAAAAUGCAACCUCGAACACUGUCAAACAAAUAGCAUCUCAGGACUUUCUAGAGCUUUGUUUAACCUUGGAAAUCGAGAUAAAGGACAACACUAUUAUCGUGAAAGCUACUUUCCAGGAAUCAGUUCUGCCAGUGACCCAGGUCGAUAUAUUACUUCUCCAAAUAAAGGAGCUGGCCGCCACUUUCAUACGCGAUCGCACUGAGUCUGAGUAG